AUGGAUAGUGUUAUUAAUUCAUUAAAAAGUACAGCAUUAAGUAUUGGUGAAAAAAUGACACCUGUACUAACUCAAUCGAAAUUUCGUGAAACAGGUGUUAUAACACCUGCAGAAUUUGUAGCUGCCGGUGAUUUUCUUGUUCAUCAUUGUCCAACAUGGAAAUGGGCAAUUGGUGAUGAAAGUAAAAGAAAAGAUUAUUUACCAAACGACAAGCAAUUUUUAAUAACACGUAAUGUUCCUUGCUAUAAACGAUGUAAACACAUGGAACAUAAUGAUAAUUUGGAAAAAAUUGUUGACGAUGAAAAUGGUGAUGGUGGUUGGGUUGAUACACAUCAUUAUGCUGAUAGUACAGUAACAGAAGUACGAGAACAUGCUAGACAAAUGGAUCCAAAUGGUAAACAAACACAAAUUACUGUUGAAGAUGAUGACGAUGACGAGGAUGAUGCUGCUGCUGAUAUGGAAGAAUUUGAACGUACAGGAAUGAUUAAUAAUGAUCCAUUAGAAGCAUCGAAAUUUGAUCAAUGUCCACGAUCAGUUCAUCGUGAAUUACGUAAUCGAUUUUUUGAUUGGUUUCAUCAAAUAGAAAAACUUGAACAUAAAAGUCAAUAUUAUGGUUCAAUUAAUAAUUGUCAUCCAAUUGUUUCAUAUAUGUUUUAUCAUUUUGAUAUAACAAAUGAUUCUCAAUUAAAUGAUGAUGAAUUAAAUAGUAUUGAACAUUUAAAAGAUGAAUUAUGUACCGAUAUAUUUUUUCAACGAUGUGAUCAUGAUGAUGAUCAUCGAUUAUUUUCAUAUGAAUGGUGUAAUUGUUUUCAAUAUGCUCUUUUACCUUGUGAAUUACAUAAUCAUGAUUUGGAUAAAGCAUUUUGGAAUAAACCAAUGGAAGGUAUAUUUCGACCACGAUGUAAUUCAAAUGGAUAUUAUGCAGCAAGACAAUGUAAUAUAGAUACACCACGACAAUGUUGGUGUGUUGAUAAACAUGGAAUUGAAGUUAAUGGAACACGACAAGAUGAUGAUCAUAUGCCACAAUGUGAUGAAAUUGAAGAUUCAAGAACAAAUCAAAUAAUAUAA